AUGGCUUUGCUUGACGUGGCGGCCGACGCGAUCGCCUACUGCGCCGAGACGCGCCUGCGCAUUGGUCUCGUUGUUCUCUACGAGGCGCUCGUCACGGUCGCCAUCAAUGUGAUCGGGCAGGUCUACGUCGACGGCGCCGCAAUGACCCACGGCCAAGUCGCCGACCUCCCGCUGCCCGACGUCCGCUUUGGCUACACGCCCAUCGAGCUCCACGAUCUGUACGCGUCCAUGGGCCCGGUGGCCCGGCGCAAUUUCAUUCUCUUUGAGCUCUUUGAUAUUUUCUUCUACAUGCCGGCCUAUGUCCUUCUGCUCUCGACGCUCAUCACUGCUGGCUACAUGCGGCUGCGGCGCCCCGUCUCGCUGCUCGCGUAUCUUCCGUUUCUCUCGGUGGUCGCCGACCUGCUCGAGAACGCGGCGCAUAUCUUUACAGCGUACGACUUUACAUUGCAGCAGAGCCUACGUGAUAUGAAUUGGCUCCUCGCCGCCUACACGGGCGCGGCCGCGAACGAGCUCAAGUGGGUCACGCUCGUCGCGUCGGUCGGCGUGCUGCUCGUCACGUGGGUGCGUGUCUUGGGGUUCGUUGCGCCCCCUCCGCACGUCAAGGCCAACUAG